ACCCUCUCGACCCUCACUCCCCGUUCUUUUUCUUUCUUGCAUUCGUUCCCAUCUCUGUAGUUCCUCUUUCUGUCUUUUUUCUCACUUCUUCUUCUAUCCCGAUUUAAUCUCAAUUGAUCGUCAUGGCGUUACCCGCAGAGCAGCGGAAGAAGAUCCUUAAGGUCUUGAUGACCUCUUUACUUUUGGAUUUGAUAUCCUUUACUUUUAUUCUUCCACUCUUUCCUUCCCUACUCACAUUUUAUCGUAACCAAGACCCGUCCCCGAAUUCGCUUCUCAACCGCCUUUUUCACUACUUAAACGCCUAUAAGAACUCCUUUGCGAAGCCCAUCGAUUCGCGCUAUGACAUUGUCCUUCUUGGUGGGGCGCUUGGCUCGCUAUUCUCUUUUUUGCAGGCGCUCGCAGCUCCCUUCAUCGGCCAUCUCUCAGAUAAACACGGCCGCAAGACCGCCCUUCUUUGCUCGAUGGUCGGCAACACACUCAGCGUGGCUCUCUGGGUCACCGCGACAGACUUCCGCACCUUUCUCGCCAGUCGCAUCAUUGGCGGUCUCAGCGAGGGCAACGUGCAGCUCGCGAAUGCCAUUGCUACAGAUAUCAGCGACCCCAGCCAACGUGGCUCGACCAUGGCCCUAGUUGGUGUUUGUUUCAGUAUUGCCUUUACCUGCGGGCCCGCGCUGGGCGCAGCCCUCUCCAAUAUCACUACCGUGGCCGCCAAUCCCUUCGCGACUGCCGCGGGCGUUUCGCUCCUCCUUAUUGUCGCAGAAACUGCGUACCUGUACUUUUGUCUCGCGGAGACUCAUCCCCGAUUCACAAAGCUUGUACAUGUCUCGAACACGAUCGAAAUCAACAACACCACUUCCCAACCUCCCGCUACUACAACUCGCAAGGCCGAACUCAAGACACAUACAAAUAACCCCGCUCUCCUCAAUCUGAUCCACUUGCUCUUCCUUCUUCCGUUCUCAGGGCUCGAAUUCUCCCUCCCCUUCUUAACGGCUACCUUCUACGUAGGAAGCAAAUCCAGCCCUUCCGCCUUAAACGGCCGUCUUCUCUCUAUGAUGGGUCUUAUUGCUUCCCUUCUUCAGGGUACCGUGGUCCGCCGCCUGCCGCCGCUCAAAACUGUGCGCAUCGGCGUCAUCGCAUGCACCGUCUCUUUUUUCAUGCUUGCGCGCGUCACUUCGUUGGGUGGUCUCUAUGCUGCGGGUGGGCUGUUGGCUAUCACCAGUGCGACGGUCGUCACGGGGCUGAACAGCUUGGGGAGUUUUGAGGCGCAAGAGGAAAAUCGGGGUGCCGUGUUGGGGAGGUUGAGGAGUUGGGGACAGGUGGGACGCGCGGCGGGACCGUUGCUUUUCUGCUCGUUGUUCUGGUGGAUGGGGCGAGAGGUUGCAUACAUGGUUGGGGGUUGUGCCAUGCUGGUGGUCUGUGGAGGAGUUUUUGUUUUGUUGAAAGAGCCUGUUGUUGGUGGGCGUCAGGGUUCUAAGAAGAAGUAAUCCCUGUUACUUCUCCUUGGCUUUGGACCUUACCCCGGGCUCUGACGUGAUAUGAACGUCCGCUUCAUGUACCAUACGUGCAUUCUUGCACAACUGUCACCAUUUCUGGAUUCGAUAAUGGAUAGAUCUAUAGAAUCAUGGUACCGCUCACUGGCUGGC